AUGUAACAAUUCAUAAUUCCUAAAACCUUUAAGGCAGCCUAAUUAGUUGAAUACCGAAAAGCACUUCAAAUUGUUGAAAUAGAAACACCUUAAUUAAAAGAAGGAGAAAUAUUGAUAAAAGUUGAAGCAGCACCAGUCAAUCCAUCAGAUCUAGCAUUAAAUGAAGGACAUUAUCCUACCAGAAUAGUAUUACCAGCAGUCCCAGGAAUUGAAGGAUCAGGCAUCGUAGUCCAAUUAGGGUAUAUUCUAAAGAUUUAUCUAAUAGACCUAAUGUAGAGAAUGUGAAGGUAGGUACUAAAGUUGCAUUUAAUGCUCAUUCAAACUAUGGUAGCUAUGGAUAAUAUUCUGUCACUUCCAGUCAAUAAAUAAUACCAUUGGAUGAUGUUAUAUCCUUUGAACUAGGAGCCUCAUCUAUAAUUAACCCUGUUACAGUCAUACUCAUGUUAAUAGAAACUUAAGAACUAGGAGCUAAGGCUAUAGUUCAUACUGCUGCCGGUUCAGCCUUAGGCAGAAUGUUAGUUAGAUAUUUCUAAGAUUCUGGAAUUGACGUCAUUAAUGUUGUCAGAAGACAAGAAUAGGUUGAUCUACUAUAAAAAGAAGGUGCAAAAUAUGUUUUAAAUCAAACAUCAGAAACCUUUUUCAAAGAUUUAAAUGUCUUAGCUACUUAAUUGAAGUAAUAUUCUUUUUUUUCAUUCUUUUAGUGCUACUGUUUUUUUUGAUGCCAUUGGGGGAAGUCUGACGGGUUAAAUACUCAGUCAAUUACCAAAUAAAUCAACUGCUUUAGUUUAUGGAUUAUUAUCAGGAUAACCUAUUAGUGAUGUUACAGCAAAUGAUUUACUUUUUAAAAGUAAAAUUGUUAAGGGAUUCUUAUUACCUACUUCAAUUCACAAAUAUAAUCCAUUUGUUGAUAUUAAUGCUUAAAAGAAAUUAAAUGAAUUACUCAAAACAACUUUAAAGACAGAAUAUGCUAAUUAAUAUCCUUUAGAUAAAAUUAAUGAAGGAAUAGAAUUUUAUAAAUUGAAUCAAACUUAAGGAAAGAUCUUAAUUAGACCAAAUUAAUGA